AUGCCUGUCGUUUCUAGCCGGAGAAGACUGAGGGUCGGCAAUGGAUUUGAAAGCCACGGAGCACGAAGACCUCUCUAUCAAUCCCAAUUGCUCCCAUUGGCUCUCUCUGGCGUGUUCCUUAUCAACGUCAAAAUAGAUAUAUAUCGAGCUGCUGCUAUCGCAGGUCUCGAAGUUAAGCCUUUCAAGUUCGGUGUCACCAACAAGUCACUCGAAUUUCUUGACAAAUUCCCGCUUGCCAAAAUUCCUGCCUUUGAGGGCAAGAGUGGAUUCACACUUCUAGAGGGAGCCUCCAUUGGACGUUAUGUUGCUUCUCUGGCCCCCGAGUCUGGCCUUUUUGGCAACAGUGUCAAAGAUACUGCCCUGGUUGAUCAGUGGAUUCACUUCGCGGAGCACGAGAUCAACGCAUACACCGAUAUAAUAUGGCAGUUGGUGGAGCGCUUCUUCCCAGAGAAGGCCUACAGUGAAGGUAUCCACAAGUCUAUAUUUGAGCGUCAAGAGCGCUCACCCAAAUUCCUUGAACAGCACAUCAACCGCCGCAACUUCCUCGUCACUGACGAGAUCACCCUAGAGGACAUCAUUUUAGCUGCCGUGAUCCAACGCGCUGCCCGAGUGACACUCGGUGCUGCUGAACGAGCACUUUACCCGAACAUCUUCUCACGCUAUGCGAAGGUGGCAGCUGAUCUUCGUAUUAAGGAUAUCUUCGGUACGGUGGACUUUGUUGAAGUGCCCCUAGCACCCAAGAAAGUUGAGUAG